ACACUGCCCAUUAUUUUCCCACAAUCCACUGGUUCCGUACACAAAUAUAACUUUGUCAUUUUGAAACACUUUUAUAAAAUCAAAAAAUAUACUUUGACAUAAAAAUAGCAAAACAAAAAAUAACGACCGGAAUGCUAAUUCAAUGAAGCUGACAUAGAUCGAGGAUUUAGGCGUCUUCUCUAAUGAUAGCUCCUGCACGUUCGUUUAUAAGAUUAGCAGCUAAAGGCUAACGGGGAGAAUUUAGAGACAUGUCUGGACCAAACGGAGACCCAAACAUCUCCAGCGAAGAAGGGAUCAUCAACGACGACGACGAGUUUGGCGAAGAGGAGUACGCUGCAGUCAACUCCAUGCUGGACCAAAUCAACUCCUAUCUGGAUGACCUGGAGGAGCGCAAUGAUGCGCUGAAUGGUAAACUACACGAACUGCUGGAGUCAAAUCGGGAAGCACGCCGGGAUUUUAGGGCUCAGUUAGCUGACUCUCAAACCCAGGAGGAGCAUCGUGAUGUGGAAGAGGAGUCUACUUUGCCUAGCAAGCAAGAUCAAGACAAAGAAAAUCAUUAAAACUGAUGAAUAGAUGCAGAGUCAGAAAUGAAGAGGAAAAAAAGAUUCAAUUCCUGAUGUCAGUUGGAGUGAUCAUCUUUGUCUUCAUUGUCCAUUUGAUUAAAUGAAGCUAUACGACCUCACUGGGAGAGAUGGCUAUGCAAACGACUGGGACCUUCUGUUGCUAUAUUGGUCUAAAUGCGUAUUGAUUCUGGUUUGUUUCCAUGACAAACUUAACAAAUCCUGCUCUUAAAAAGUUGUGGUCAGAUAUUUACAUGUUAGAAAUAAGUGCAAUCUGUAUUUGUAUUUAUUUUGUCCUAAAAGUUAAGUCUAGAUGUUUAUCAAUAUAUCUCUGCUGCACUAUCACUGCAUUAUUGUUCAUUACCUAUUUUAAGAUGUGUGAUAAUGAUUAACCAGUCUGUCAUUUGUAAAGAAAUAAAUCAACAUUGAGAGA